AUCAUGCAGGCCGCGAUCCCAGUUAACCAAUUUAAGAUAUUUGUGCCUGAAACUAGUUACUCAAAAAGAAAAUCGUAAUUAUAUAUAACCUACUUACUCUGAUAGAUACAUAGAUCUCUCUAGACCGAGUUACCAAACCUCACUGAGUCACUAAGCAAUGCACUCCCCUUCUCCAGCCCAAGCUUCCGACGACUCUCAUCCCACUCCCACAAGAAAAACGCCAUGGCACUCACCUUUUCUCAUCUUCUUAGUACUGGCUCCAGUAGCAAUAGCCCUACUCAUUUACCGACUCGACACGCUCGACCCAGCUUCCCUGCCACUUCACGAGUUGACUCAGCCAGUCGCAGCUGCUCCGAAGCGUAAUGCUCAUAUGCUCAAAGGGUCGGAGUUUGUGGGUGUCGGGGCUUUGGUGGCACCGGAAGACGUGGCUUACGAUCCGAAGACGGGACUUAUUUAUACGGGAUGUGCUGACGGGUGGGUUAAGCGAGUCACGCUGAACGAGUCGGCUGCUGACUCGGUGGUGGAGAACUGGGUGUUCACAGGCGGGAGACCGCUCGGAAUUGCUCACGGCGCUGACAAGGAGGUUUACGUGGCUGACACCGAUAAGGGGCUACUGAAGAUAAGUGAGGAGGGAAUAAUCGAACUGCUGGCAGAUGAGGCCGAGGGUGUAAAAUUCAAGCUAACAGAUUUUGUAGAUGUAGCAGAAGAUGGUAUGAUUUAUUUCACAGAUGCUUCAUACAAAUACAGCUUGGAUGAGUUCAUGUUGGACAUUUUGGAAGGUAGACCCUACGGUAGAUUUCUGAGCUACAAUCCGAUGACCAAAGAGACCAAAGUGCUCGUUCGCAACCUGUACUUUGCUAAUGGAGUUGCAGUCUCUCCAGAUCAAAACUAUGUCAUCUUCUGCGAAACUGUCAUGAGAAGGUGUAGGAAAUAUUACCUGGAAGGCACUAAAAAAGGGGGUGUAGAAAACUUUAUCGACCAUUUACCGGGCAUGCCUGAUAAUAUCAGAUAUGAUGGAGAAGGCCAUUACUGGAUUGCACUGGCCACGGAUGUUAAACCAUACUGGGAUCUAGCACUUCGAUAUCCUUUUAUUCGGAAAGUCCUAGCGAUCGUGAAGCGGUAUGCAGGAGGCAGGCCACAUUUGGAGAAGAAUGCGGGCGUAUUUGUUGUGAAUUUGGAUGGUGAGCCGAUUGCUCACUACUCUGAUCCUGAGUUAAUUCUCAUUACAAGUGGGAUCAAGAUUGGAAAGUACCUCUACUGCGGUUCCGUCGUCUAUCCCUACAUUAUCCGCCUCGAUCUGGAUCAACAUCCUGCACAUGCCACCACAUGAGCUAAUACCUAGCCCCUUGGUAUAAUCUUCAACACGUACGGAAUGGUAUUGUAGCUUCACUAGAGAAACUUAAGCAUAGACUAUAGAUGCAAUGGUAGUGUUUGGUUUAUGUAAUUUUGCCUUGGUUUAUGAUUGUGAAACGAAUGUAUGACACCUUUUGAGGAAAUGAAAUUUACUAAUGUAUUUUUUUUCAAAAGAAAAAAAAAAUUAACAAUUCAAUCGUUAACAAUCAUAUUAUUUAAUUUACUAAAUUUGAUUUAAAAUUUAGUUUAUCUAACAAAGUUGUUGAUGUGAAUAAACCAUUUAGUUUUGUCAAUUUUGUUUUGAUAAUUUGACAAUAAUAGAUUAUAUCCAUACAGGCAAUGUUAAGAAGACCAUGCAUGACAUAAAUAGUAGACCAUAACUGAAGUUCUACAUUUCUAUAUCCAGAAAUUAUUAAAUAGACCUGCAGACUUUAAUUAUCGUGUUUGUCCUCUUAUAUUCAAAUUUAAAAUUUAUAUCUACUAAAACUCAGCAGAUUAGCACUGUUCAUCAUGUGAGAGGGUGCACUAUUCAUCAACAAUGAAAGGUUUCUGCUUUGGUUGCCGUAAUGUUCACACUUUGCUACAGGAAAAAGUCUGUUUUGUCCUUCUUGGCCUCGUGUUUAUCGUCAGUAUUGGAUUCGGUUCUUAUUGCCUGCUUUGUACAACUAAAGGGAUAAAGUAAGGGAACUUUUAAUGAAAAUUUCUCGAUACUAUUUAGUUUAAUAAAAAAAUUAUUUUUUUAUAUUAAAAAAUUAAUUAUAAUACUAUUUAUCAAUGUUUUCAAUUUCUUUUCAUUAAUUUUUCUAUAAAGUGAGAUUCUUUGACAAAAAAAAUAAGAUUAAAAAAAUGUAAGGGCUCCAUCUGUCCCCCUCCCUCUCAUCUCAUCUGGGAAAGGAAGAUAGGUGGAAAAGUAGAACUCUUCCAUUUGCUUCCACAGAUAUCUCGAGCUCUCUCUCAAGCCCAGAACCCUAGCCUCUGCAAGGGAAUAAGAGGGACGACUAUUCAAGGAUUCAUCAUGUCCGCUGGUUGUAUUCACCCUAACCCACAGAGGAAAUGAAGGCACAAGUCCUUAGGCGCCUUGAAGCAAGUCUGGCACUCAUCUCAGUCUACGCGUUUGCAAACCAUUUGUGCUUUAGGCAAGAAUCACCCCCCAAGACAUUGCAGGGCAUGAGGGUACAAUUAGGAUUGGAGAUAUGUAGCUGCCCGUGAUAAUGGAAAUCACUCUCAAAGGCUGUGGCAGAAGGAAGCUAGGAGGUGCAGCAACUGGAAGUCGGAUUUCACUCUCGUGGCUGCAAUUAGAUCAAGUUGUGGCUGAUUUGAUUUGAGCACGCACAGAUUGUUUUCGAGGUUUUUGACUCCUACCCUUCCAGAAACUUGAGAAAUGCUAUUCUUGCGGAAGACCUGCCAUAUUGAUUGAUCUGUUUCUUCGUCGUCGAUUCAGCUGCUCGCCUGGCUUCAUCGCAGAAGGAUGUGUUUGCUACUGCGAGCUUCCUCUCACCAUCUCCACAGCCCACUUCGCCCAGCUUGAUUCAUCGUCUCAACCAUCUCAACAUUGACCAUGAGACCUUCUAGGUGUUAGAUCAAACUGUACCUUCAACCCUCGAGAAGAUGAUCAAGGAAGCAGAAGAGACAAUAAUAAGUACAAAAUGAUGCUUUUGGCUCCCACUUUUGAGGUUACUACCAUGAGCAGGUAUUAACAAACCAGUUCAAUUUGCUUUCAAGUUGAUGAGGUUGUGAUUGUGGAUGCUGACAUGAUUAUCCGCAAGCAGAUUGUUCCUUGGGAACUUGGGUGCUGAGAAAAGCAAGACUCUUGCAUCAUAUUAGUUAACCAGAUUAUAAAUGAUGCUAGUAGGUAUAUUACUACUGCAUCUUUUUUCAUGUAAUUACCUAUGAUAGCACUUGUAUGUGGGCAAUCUAUAUAUUCUUAAAUAUGUGAUGCAAAUCAUUUUCUUUGUUUAUUGGAUAUUAAAGAUGUAAAUGUACUAAAUUGGAAGCUCAAAUAUUGAAUAACAUAAUGUACACCCAAACACAUGGUACAAUUUGACACA